AAUUCUAUUGGCGUCGAGAAGCAGGGAGCCAGCCCCUGGGCGCGGCUUGCAGGGGGCAGGCGGUCGUUGAGGGAAGCGGAAACAAGACCAGGCUGGAGCCGGUGGCAGUUCUGCAGUCUCCGGCUUCCCGGUGACCCUCUCCGCGUCUCCUCCCAGUGCGCCUGGCUCGGCCCGCUGACAUGUGUGCCGCCCCGAUGCCGCCCCUGGCGCACAUCUUCCGAGGGACGUUCAUCCACUCCACCUGGACCUGCCCCAUGGAGGUGCUCCGGGAUCACCUCCUCGGCGUGAGCGAGAGCGGCAAAAUAAUGUUUUUAGAAGAAUCAUCUCAAGAAGAAAGGCUGGCCAAAGAAUUUUGCUUCAAACCAUGUGAAAUAAGAGAACUGAGCCAUCAUGAGUUCUUCAUGCCCGGGCUGGUGGAUACACACAUCCAUGCCCCUCAGUAUUACUUUGCUGGGAGUAAUUUAGACCUGCCCCUGCUGGAGUGGCUGACCACGUACACCUAUCCUACAGAACUCAGAUUCCAGAGCAUCGACUUUGCCGAAGAAGUGUACACCAAAGUUGUCAGGAGAACACUAAAGAAUGGAACAACCACAGCUUGUUACUUUGGAACAAUUCACACUGAUUCAGCUCUGCUCCUUGCGGAAAUUACAGAUAAAUUUGGGCAGCGGGCAUUUGUGGGCAAAGUGUGCAUGGAUAUGAAUAACACUGUUCCAGAAUACAAGGAAACCACUGAGGAAUCACUCAAGGAAACAGAGAGAUUUGUGUCAGAAAUACUCAAAAAGAACUAUUCUAGAGUGAAGCCCAUAGUGACACCACGUUUUGCCCUUUCCUGCUCUGAGACUUUGAUGGGCGAACUUGGAAAGAUCGCGAAGACCAAUGAUUUGCACAUUCAGAGUCAUAUAAGUGAAAAUCCUGAUGAAAUUGAAGCUGUGAAAAAGUUAUUCCCUGGUUAUAAACACUAUACAGAUGUGUAUGAUAAAAACGAUCUUAUCACAAAUAAGACAGUGAUGGCACAUGGCUGCUACCUUUCCGCAGAAGAACUGGAUAUAUUCAGGGACCGAGGAGCAUCGAUCGCACAUUGUCCCAAUUCUAACUUAUCGCUCACGAGCGGCUUUCUCAAUGUGCUGGAAGUCCUGAAACACGAAGUGAAAAUAGGGCUGGGUACAGAUGUGGCUGGUGGUUAUUCAUCUUCCAUGUUUGAUGCAAUCAGAAAAACAGUGAUAGUUUCCAAUAUCCUUUCAAUGAAUAAUGUAAAUACAAAAAGCCUCACCCUCAAAGAGGUCUUCAGACUAGCUACUCUUGGAGGCAGCCAAGCCCUGGGGCUGGAUAAAGAGAUUGGAAACUUUGAAGUGGGCAAGGAAUUUGAUGCCCUCUUGAUCAACCCCAAAGCAUCUGACUCUCCCAUUGACCUGUUUUAUGGGGAUUUAGUUGGUGAUAUUUCUGAGACUAUUAUCCAGAAGUUCUUCUAUCUAGGAGAUGACCGAAAUAUUGAGGAGGUGUAUGUGGGCGGAAAGCAAGUGGUUCCCUUUUCAAGCUCAGUCUAAGGCCUUCAGCAUCUACGAGUUCUCCUGGGAUAACGUGGUUCUGCGUCUCCCUUGUGUCCAGGUGGAGUUAGAAAGUCAAAAUAGUACUUUGUUCUUGGGAUGACUCUUUUUCUGUCUAGUUACAGUAUUCACUUGACAAACCGAAGGAAGUUACAAUAAUUCGCAACUAUCUGGUUAGGAGGAUUCAAAAUUUUUCCCUUUUGAGCUGUUCAGAUUUACUCUAAGCUCAAACAUAAGGGAAUAUUAUUUCUAGUGGUGUUCUCAUUGAGAUUUAAAUAAAAUCUAUUUCAUAUUUGGAAAUGUAGAGAGAAAAGAUACUCCUAUGAGGUCAGAUAUUUUUGAGCUAAUAAAUGUGCAAAGUGGAAAUGGAAAAUGAACCAGUGAAUAUCUUUUUAUGAGGGAGAAAAAGUUAGACUAUGAACAAACACUGAAAAUCACUUCAGUUUGUGCUUGAAAACUAUAUACUGAGCAUAUUAAUUUAGAAAGAGAACUUGUUGAGUUUUAAAACAUGUUUCUAGAUUGACUUUGUGUUCUGGAAAUUUGCAAUUAAUGGAAUUUGCAUUUCAGAGAUGUGUUAUUGUUGUGCUUUGCUGUCUUUGGGGAUGAGUUGUCAGAAAUUGAAUGCCACAUUCUUUCUUGCUAUCGCUCUCUGCUUCAAAGUGUUUGACAGAAGUUGGGUAUUAAAGAAUUAAAUUCUCUUAGGAAUAUUGUUCGCAUAACUACAUGGCAUAAAUAGUUGCAUUUUUGUGUAUUUUAAAUCACCUUAGUGUAUAACCGUGUGAUGCUAUUAUUGCUUCAGUUUUAUUAGAAGAGAAACAAAUUCCAUACUCCACUGUUGUGUAGACUGAAGUCUUCAUAAAGUUGGGGCAAAUGCUGGGCAUUCAGGAGCUGUCAAUAAUAAAGGAAGGGUUUCAUUGCAGUGACCUGUUCUCCCCAAGAACCCAUAGUCGCUGGAAAUUUCACACUCCAAUAUCAAUCUGUUAGAACUUUAAAGUUGAAGGACAAACCCUAUUAAGAGAAAUAUUAAAAAUUUUUAAACCCUGUAUAUUGAAAGCACUCUAUUUUUCAAUUUUAUCCUAUUGUCCUAUUAAUUCCUAAUGAUUUCAGGAUAUUAGAAUUUUGCUAUAAUGAAAAAUAUAUAGAUAUCCCACUUACUGUUUAUAUUAAUAAAACUUAAUCUAUACUAGACAUCUAGGAAUAUUAAAGCAGAAUAUUUUUAUGCUUCCUAACUAAUUAGUAUUAUUUCCCAAAACCUAGAAUAAAAAACAAAUUAUACCUAUGGUAAAUCCUUAAGCAGUAUUGAUGCAAAUGUUAUUUCAAUACUAUAUUUUUCUUAUUUAAUUCAAAUACUAUAAUCUAACAAGGAAAAGGAAUAGAUUUUCUUAAUAUAAACACUCAUAUUUAGGGCUUAGGUGGGGCUCAUUAUUACCUUAUAGUAGAGAACUUUAUGUUAUAUGGCUAACUCAUAUUUACAGAACUAAGAACAAACUUCUUGUACUAUAAAUUUUACUCUCACAUAGUCAUACUAAUGCAGCAGUAAUUUGUCCAGGUUUUUUUUUUUUUUUGUCCCCUGGCGGAAACACUUUUAGAUUGGGUUUGAUUGUGUAUACCCUAGACCUAAAGAUAGAACACAUUUUUGGUCUUAUUUUUUUAAAAAAUGACAAGAGUUUUUUAGGAUGUUAAGUAACUCAAUAAAUCCAAUUUCUAGUCUCAGUAGCUGUUUUUGCAGAAUUCUUAAUUCUUGAUCCAUGUCAAAGAUACCCCGCCAAAUUUCUCCCCAUUUUUCUAUAGUGUUGGCAAGUGGUUUCUGCCCUAUCUCCCAAUCCGUGCCAAAGAAACUUGGUUACCUGGUAUCUAGCCCACAUGAGUGGGCUUAAGAGUUUGGAUGAGAUGUACAAGAUCCACUGACAGGCAAUAGCUGUUCCAGCCCUUGCAAGAGCCUGCAUUUUACCUUAAGGGUGUACACUUUGAUGUCGAACAUCAGUUUCCACUUAGACUUAGGACUCAUAGGCAGUAAAUAUAAAUAAGUGUGGCAUCAGAAGCAGGAAGAAUGGCCAUAUACAACCACUCUAUCAAACAUUACAUUUAGCCCUGAUGGUAUGUUAAGACCUGAAUAUCUUUUCUAGUAAAAAUAAAAUGUGUUGAAAUGUUUCCAUGUGCUUUGAUCUCCCUGCAUCACUUAGAACUGAAGUGCUGUAUCUCUCCAAGUGCUGUGUUCCUGAAUGUUGCAUAUGCUUUCUGCAGUACUGCAGGCAUUAGCCAUACAUGUAACUGGAUGUUCUGCACUUUGAGAUGUUGCCUAAUGCUGGUUGUCUUUUUGAUUGUGGAGAGGCAGUAUUCCAAGCUAACCCAAUUUGUCAUCUUGUGUUUGAGCAUUUUGCUCUCUGACAGGAAAGAAGGAAUGAAAACUUUUUAUCAGCUCCCUCACCCCACCUUGUACUCUUUGCCUCGGGUUUCAUGGCAUUUUUAAUGAAAUACACUUUAGCAGGUAACAACGUAUUCAGUAGGAUUGACUCUUGUACAUUGAAAAAAUAUUUUUGCAAUUGGAACACAAAAGCAGGCUAAUCAGCUAAGGUGAAUUUAGUUUUCAAAAGAGAGUGAAACGUGGCAUUAGGGCAUGAGACGUUGUCCUAGUUAUCCUAAACUGAGACCAAGGAGACCCUGCUCCCUUAUUUAUUCUCCCAGCCUUUUCUCUGAUUUAAUUGUCGAAGGUUUUAGAGUCCAAAAGAAUAUCUUGGAACAAGCUUUCUUCAUGCCAGGUGGAGGCCUUACUAAGUUAAUAUUGUUAGCAUUGAACCUCAUUGACUCUCUUUUGUAUUUCCAUGAGAAUGCUGUGUGGUAAAGAAAGGAAAGCGGUGGGAAAACACUCAUGUUUAGCUGACUUUGAAGUAUGCCCUUGAAUAUCCCUGUUGGCAGCUCCAGCUGAGAUGUCAGAGAGGAAACAAUGGGUAUGAGAUCCAACAAUAUAUUUUGAGUCUUCACUGCCGUCCAGACUCUUCCUAUUUUUAAUUUUUUCAUCUCAGAACCAGACAUAUGGAAAGCCUAAAAGGCAAGCUGGAAGGCACUUUGGAUCAGUUCUACCUUGUGCUAUAUACAUGGAAGAUACCCAGAAUCGGAUGCUUCUGUAGCCUACUGAAUGUCUUUUCAUUGUUGUCCAUUUUUCACAGUUGAUGAUGAUGCCAGAAACAUUCACAUGUUUAAAAAGUGUGUUCUGAAUGAUUAAAAGGUGGACUAAGAAAUGUGUUAUGGGCAAUGUCUUGAGAUAAUUUUUAAAUAGUGUGGAUUAUUGUGAACUUUGAAGAUUUGUUUUUUUCUGAAGGCUUAAAGGAGACGUUUGCAAUUUCGAUCUCUCUAGCCAGUUUAGGUAUGACUUUGCACCCUGACACAUUUUGAUGUCUGUAAAAGAAAAGCAUGGAAAGAAGUGCACAAAUGAACGGACACUAUUAGGAAACCCUAGCAUUGGUCCCCAUGCAUGUUUUCGUGCCCAGCCUUUCCUGCCUUUUUCUCUCACAGCCCUGAAUGGGAGCGAUCAAGUGUUGAGGAGUUCGUUUGUAACUCUGGUCGAAAUUUAGUGAAAUGUAAAAGUUGAACAAGCCAAUGACGACACUAAAUAUAGAUGCCAUGAUGGCUUUUCUCGGGGAAGUGACUGAGGUUCAAGUGACUGAGUACCAGAUGUUAUGUGGCAGUAAUCGUCCUGUUCUUUUCCCACUCGAAAGCCUGUCAGAAAGCAUUCUUAUUAAAAACCACCUUACAUUGUGGUUAAAAUCCUGAUCGCUGCUCUGAAGAAUGUGUGUGUGUGUGUGUGUGUGUGUGUGUAUUCAUGGGGACAUUUUUUUCUCAAUAUUUGUAUGAUUUGCUUAUUGUUCAAGUGCCAAGUGAGCUCCUUUGUGCUUUAGACAAAAAUAAAUGAGAUUUUGUGUUU